AUGAAAAAGAACGACCAACUAUAUGAUUAUACUAGCGUAAAAAAUGCAUUUUUCUUUGAAAUUGGCAUUGGGAUCCCAGCCAACACCAUCCUUUUUUUCUUCCACGUCUUCAUGUUCCUUCUCCAGCACAAGCUCAAUCCCAUUGACUUGAUCAUUGGUCUCUUGGCUCUAAUACACCUAGGAAUGCUGACAAUUUUGCUAUACAUCAUUACAAAUAAGAUGUUGUCUCAGUAUUUUUGGGAUGACAUCAAAUGUAAAUCAAUCAUCUACUUGAACAGGUUUUUGAGGGGCUUCUCCAUUUGUGCCACCUGCCUGCUGAGUGUCCUCCAGGCCAUUACCCUCAGCCCCAGAACCUCCAGCUUGGCAAAGUUCAAACAAAGCUCCACAUCAGAUCCUGUGUUCCCUUGCUUUCUUGUGGGUCUUCUAUAUGUCCUUCAGUACUCAUUACUCAUUCUCUGCUACUGCUAUCUCCAAUGUGCACUCAGGGAUGUCUUUCUUAUAGGACUCAUGGCCCUCUCAAGUGUGUAUAUGGUGACUCUCUUGUGCAGACAUAAGAGGCAUUUCCAGCACCUUCACAGUUCCAAACUUUCUCCAAAAGCAUCCCCUCUACAAAAGGCCACCUCAAACAUCCUGCUGCUCAUGAGCUUCUUCGUGCUCAUGUACUGUUUGGACAGCAUCUUCUCCUCCUCAAGAACUAUGUGGAACAAUGACCCUGUUUGUCACUAUAUUCAUUUAAUUGUUUCAAAUGGCUAUGCCACAAUCAAUCCUUUGCUACUGAUCUGUACUGACAAACACAUUAUUAACUUUUUCAAAUAUUAUUUGGUGAAGAUACCACAAACUUAA